GAGGCCAGAUCCCACGACCAUGUGGAGGCAAAGAAUGACAUGGAGACACAUAUUCCUGCCAGGAAGCUUCCCUUAACCAAGAAAAUUUAUGCUUUCUACCAUGCUCCCAUGUCAAAGUUCUGGUCAAACACGCUCUUCUACCUGGGCUUCUUGAUGACAUACUCGUAUGUGGUCCUGGUGAAAAUGCCUGAAUGGCCUUCUCCUCAAGAGUGGGUGGUCAUCCUCUACAUAUUCACCUCUGCCAUUGAAAAAAUUCGAGAGAUGUUUAUGUCUGAAGCAGGCAAAAUAAGCCAGAAGAUAAAAGUGUGGUUCAGUGACUAUUUCAAUGUGUCUGACUUUCUGGCCAUUGUGACCUUCUUUAUCGGCUUUGGCCUGAGAUUGGUUGGAGGUGAGGCCUUUGUCCCCGGGAGGACGGUGUAUUGUCUUAAUAUCAUCUUCUGGUAUGUGCGCCUCCUGGAUAUCCUGGCUGUCAACCAGCAAGCUGGACCAUAUGUCAUGAUGAUUGCUAAAAUGGUGGCCAACAUGUUUUAUAUUGUGGUAAUAAUGGCUAUUGUUCUGCUGAGCUAUGGCGUGCCCAGGAAAGCCAUUCUGUACCCACACGAGGAGCCCAGCUGGACGCUGGCCAAAGAUGUGGUCUUCCAGCCGUACUUUAUGAUGUACGGGGAAGUGUAUGCCUAUGAAAUCGAUGUGUGUGCCAAUAGCACUCAAAACAGUGUAGAUGACCUGUGUUCGGAAGGAGUCUGGCUGACUCCUCUGCUACAAGCUGUCUACCUCUUUGUACAGUAUAUACUAAUGGUCAACCUCCUCAUCGCAUUUUUCAACAAUGUGUAUAUGCAAGUGAAGUCCAUUUCUAAUCUGGUGUGGAAGUACCAGCGCUACCACUUUAUUAUGGCCUACCAUGAGAAGCCUGUCCUCCCUCCCCCCUUCAUCCUCCUCUUCCAUAUCUACUCCCUCUUCUGUAUGUGUAGAAAGAGGAAGAAGGAGAAAACCUACGGACCAAAGCUGUUUCUCACAGAGAAAGAACAAAAAAAGCUUCAUGACUUUGAGGAGCAGUGUGUGGCGACGUACUUUCAUGAAAAGAAUGAUCUGUUUCACUCGCAAAUUGAGGAGCGCAUACGUAUUACCUCAGAAAGAGUUGAGACCAUGCUCAUGCAUCUGAGGGAGGUUGGCAACAAGGUCAACUUUAUAAAACGCUCUUUGCACACAUUGGACUCCCAGAUCGGCCAUCUGCAUGAUCUCUCAGCUCUAACUGUGGACACCCUGAAGACCCUCACAGCUCAGACGGCGUCGGAGGCGAGCAAGGUCCACAAUCAGAUUACCAGGGAGCUCAGUCUCUCUAAGAAUGUGGUCCCCAGCACUGGUCCUGUGGCAACAGACACUAGCCCCCACUCCGUAUCAUCAGUGAUAGGCAAACACAGUGUGCGGGCCUACUUUGGCUCCUCUUUUUCCCUGGCAGGAGCCAACAUUGCAGAUUCUCUUUUUGGGAUUGGUGCAGGGGGAGGGGCUGGGACAGAGAGUAGCCGGAGAAUCAGGCACAUCCCUGGAUCAGGACUGGGAUUGGACCCCAACCUGAACCCAGCAUUGAGUCGAGAAAGGAGGGGUUUAUUUGGGCUAAGGCACAUUCCUGCAGAAGCUGGCUUCUCAAGUAGUGUCGGCUCCAGUUCCUUUGUCCAAAGCGCUGUGGCCAUUACCCCCCCAGAGCUGCGUCUCCGAGGCCGCUCUCUCACCCAGAGUAAGCUGACCUGUCCACAAGAGCCGUGCCUUUCCAACUCCCCAUCUAGCUUGCCCAAUGUACCCUCCGCCGGGGCUCAGUUCAACAUCUGCUGCACCAAUUCCCAGCCCAGUGGCUCCAUCCCCCCACAACACGCCCUAGCUUGUCUUAACCAGCAGCCCGUCCAGCCAGACAGCACCACUGUAGAGUUUGGGGCGUUUGUGGGACAUAAAGACAGUUUGGACCUCCAUCACUCCACACCCAAAGAGCCCUCCAGCAAACAGCAAAGCCCAGUCACACAGACCAGAUCGCAGGCUCAGCCUGAAGGUCCCGGUCACCUCAGAGAAGUCAACUCCUACACUGGCUUCACAGAGAAAGACAGAAACAGGGUUUUCCUCCAUCCUGACUUCUCUCUGACAAAGAAGGACAGGAGCAGAGUGUCAGCUGAAGAUGUUCUUAUCCACGAUGACCCCAGGGCUGCAGUUCUGGGGAGAGUUCAGGUCAAAUCAGCCCAAGCCAGCAACCUACGAGCUCUUGGGGAAGACACACUAAAUACUGCAAUUUCUCUCUACACACCACGACACACCCAUCUGGGAGCCAGAAAGGACUCUAUUGGCUCACCUUUCAAGCCCAUGGAAAACUACCACUACUCAGCUGUAGAGCGCAACAACUUGAUGAGGCUUUCCCAGAGUAUCCCCUUCACCCCUGUGCCUCCUAGGGGGGAGCCGGUGACUGUGUACCGACUGGAGGAGAGCUCCCCCAACACUAUCAACAACAGCAUGUCUUCCUGGGCCCAGCGGGGCCUCUGUGCCACAAUUGAGUUUCUUAGCAAGGAGGAGAUGGGCGGAGGACUCAGACGGGCCCUCAAGGUGCUGUGCACUUGGUCAGAGUACGACAUCCUGAAACCAGGACAUCUGUAUAUAGUCAAAUCCUUCCUUCCUGAGGUGGUCCAAACCUGGCAAAGCAUCUACAAGGAGGACACCGUGCUGCACCUUUGUCUCAGGGAAAUUCAACAACAACGAGCUGCUCAGAAGCUGACAUUUGCCUUCAACCAAAUCAGGCCAAAGACGAUUCCUUAUUCUCCGAGGUUUCUGGAGGUGUUUCUGCUCUACUGUCACUCUGCCGGACAGUGGUUUGCUAUAGAAGAGUGCAUUACUGGGGAGUUUAGGAAGUUCAACAACAACAACGGAGAUGAGAUCGUCCCCACCAACCUCCUGGAGGAAACCAUGCUGGCCUUCAGCCACUGGACCUACGAGUACACCCGCGGAGAGCUGCUGGUGCUCGACCUGCAGGGGGUUGGGGAAACUCUGACAGAUCCAUCAGUUAUUAAAAGCAGUGAGAAGGGAUCCUAUGAUAUGAUAUUUGGACCUGCCAACCUGGGGGAUGAUGCCAUAAGGAACUUCCAAGCAAAACACCACUGCAACUCCUGUUGUUGGAAACUCAAACUUCAAGAUCUAAAGUGGAAUGAUUACACUCCAGAUAAGUUGACGUUCCCACAAGAAGACCCUUCCAACCAGGGCGGUGUCAAAGAUUCCCGCCAAUCAAUGAGGGUGAUGCUGUGAUGGCUGUAAAGCAAGAGAGAGAGCGUGAUUGAUCACAAGGAGCAGAGAGGCUUUCCCAAUCAACUGGAAAAAUCACACAAGUGUUUCCAUGGAAGCCAGUACGUGCAGACUGUGUCAUGUUUUUGUUGAUCCCACCAAAAUGCUGUGUCAAACACUACAAACAAUACUAUCAAAAGGGCAAUACACACAAUAUAGACACUACAGACAAUACUAUAAAAAACAAAAACAUAAACAACAACAACCUAUAACAAACAUUACAUACCGUAUUAACCAGUACACAAAAUAUACACUCCAUGUUAUAAAAAUAUCAAUGAUCACAUAGUUGAUUUGCCUUCAGCCAAGUCUUUAAGGACAUUUUAAAACUAACACACAAUUUCUAAUGUGGAAUGGAAUUAAGUUCCACUUUUCUACUAUAGUAAAUGAAAAAGCUUGUUGAUCAAAUUUAGCCUUCCUAAAUUGAGUGUAGCAGUCACCUCUUAUGGAAGCCCUGGAGACCCUUAUAUUUAUCUCUGCACAACACAUUGCUUGCGUGGUGGUGGUGCAAGAUCAUGGGUCAAUUUAUACAUCAGGCAUAUGUCUGCAAAACAGAGAUAACUGUCAAAGGUUAAUAGGUUGUGUUUUUUUAUGAUGGUGCAGUGAUGGUAGUUUCUUGUUUUUUUGUCAAGAACUUUCACAGCUUGUUUGUAAAGGGUACUUAGGGGUUUAGUGCAGUCCCACCUGCCUGGGACCAGCUUGUAGAACAGUAAGAUAAAUGUGAGAAGAUCCUGGAAUGCAACAACAGUUUAGCUGCGGUUAUUGGUAUCUGGUGUCUUAUAUGUCUAAAAUUGGCUAUUAUUUUCCCAUAAUACAGAUAUUAGGCUGAUGUUGUGUAAUAUUCCUCUUAAUAGAGAAAUACAUGCCCACUGUUUUACUUACAUUAAGAGUGAGACAACUGAGAGUGGACCAGUCUGACACUUUGUUUAGUGCUUCAGUAAGUUUUGCUGCAGCUUGUUCUCUAGUUUUUGCAUGGGUAUAAAUAACUGUAUCGUCCGUGUACAAUUGGAUCAGGACUUCUGGGCAAAUCACUGGCGGAUCAUUAAUAUAUGGACUAAAUAAAAUUGGUCCUAAAAUAGAUCCCUGAGUGACUCCAAAAGGGCUGUCAGCAAAUGAGGAGCAGCUAUCAUUAAUCUGCUUUCUAGAGUCUAAAUAAGACUCCAUCCAUGUCAGAGUAAUGGGAGAGAAAUUAAUCUUUGACAGUUUGGAUAACAAAGCAUUAUGAUUCACUGUAUCAAACACCUUCUUAAAAUCAAGGAAACAGCCCCAACAACCCCUCCAUUAUCAAGGCUGGAUUUGAUUUGUUCAAUAAAGUAACAAGUAGCUGUUUCUGUGGCAUGAUUUUUCUUGAAUCCAAACUGAAAAGUGUGCAGUGGAAAAUGGCCUUGAUUUAUAGCAACUGGUCACAGACUAUCCGUUCCAUUACUUUAGCGACAACAGGGAGGAUACUAAUAAGUCUAUAGUUGGUUAUAAUAGGUGCAUCUCCAGCUUUAAAGAUAGGUGUUAUUACUGCUGAUUUCCAGGCAUUAGGAAAAAAAACUUUGUUCAAUAGAUUUACCAGAUGAGCAAUUGGAACACAGUGUAUAUUUUUAUACUUCUUCAGGAAUGCACAAUCAAAGACAUCUUUAGCCUUAGAGUUCUUAAACUGGCCUAACAUUUUAGUUAUGUGAGAUUCUGGCACUUUGGAGAUGCUAAAUAGUGGAAGAUUAUCAUUCAAUGGUGUUAACCUUCCCUCUUGGUCCAAAGCCUUGUGCAAAAUCUUGAACAGAAUAUAUAAAAUAACUAUAAAACAUAGAAGAAAGUUGGUCUUUAUCUUUAGUUAAGGUUCCCUGUACUUGUAAUUCAAACACUUUAUCUCUUUUUUUGAUGUUCUUCUUUAAAGCUGUGUUGAUGUUUUCCCAAGUUUGCCUACUGUUCCCUUUUGACUCAUUUAUAAUACCAAUAAAAAACUUUGCUUUUGCCUUUCUCAA